GCUGUGUGGCGUACUCCUAGUAGCCACUAACCACAAACACUCAAUCUGUGGUCAAGUUGAACUAUGUGCUGACUAGAAAUAUCUUAGUUGUUCUAGAGUAUUCUUACACUAAGCAAUUCUGGACUAUUCUAUGUAUUGUUCUGGUUUGUUCUAGAACUGUUUUUGUUUUGUAUUUAAAACAGUUCAGUUUUGUGUCUAAGUUGUGUUAUUCGUGCGUGUUCUUUAUUGUUCAAGACAGCUAUUAAAAGUCAAUUCUCCUAUAGUCAAGAGUACUACGUUACAGUUGGUGGCAGCGGUGGGAUUCUCAAUUGUCCUGACUCUACUCGACAAGCCCGAGAUAGCCGUGUGAAAGACUUUAGUGUGACUGGUACUGGCAUAUGACUGAGCAAGGUGGGAGUAGGACAAGAGCUGGGACAGUAUUUAGAACCACGAUGGAAGAAGAACACCAAGAUGUGCAGACGAAUGGAGGGGGAGGGUUCGAAGCCCAGGUUAAUCCCCAAGCAAUGUUAAUGAUGCUCCAGGAGCAGCAGAGGAUGAUGGCGGAGCAGCAUCAAGCUCAGCAAAGAGUUCUGCUAGAGAUGUUACAAACUCAGCAGGAAGAGCAGCGUGCCUAUCGCCAGGAGAUGGAGGAGCUGCGACAUCAAGAAGCUGUGAGGCACCGUGAAGAGACAAGGCAUAAAUUGCCUAAGCCUGUUUUCAAGAAAUUAGAAGAGACUGACGAUAUCGAGAACUUUUUGGAGACAUUUGAGCGGGUUGCCACCCAACAUGAUUGGCCGGAGAAUGCGUGGGCUGUCCAGCUGGCGGGACUGUUAACCGGUAGAGCACAAGCUGCCUAUGCUGCUCUAGAUGCUACAGAAGCCCAGGAUUACAAGAAAGUGAAGGAGGCAAUCUUGCAUCGGUAUGACGUCAACCAAGAAACACAUCGCAGAAGAUUCAGGGAAGACCGGAAGAAGCCAGAAGAAUCUUACAGAGAGUGGCUAUGGCGCAUCACAAACCACUUUGACAAGUGGUGCAAAGACUCAACAAUGCCAAUGAAGGAGCUUGUUGUCAUGGAGCAGGCUCUCUGGGGAAUGCCCGAAGGUCUAACUGUCUGGCUGAGAGAGAGACAGCCAAAGUCAUUGGAGGAGCUGGCGAAACUUGCAGAGGACUACACUCUGGCCAGGAAGGGUAAAGACCAGCCCUUUGGUACAAGGAAGCCCCUAUCCUCUCCAGGGACACCAGCCGUGGAAACUCAGGAAACAAGAGCACCACAUAAAAGGAAUGGAUUUCGUACAGAGCCAAGAACCAAGGUCAAUGCUGCCGGAGAAAAGCAAUGCUUUCAUUGUCACCAGUGGGGUCAUCUAAAGUACAAUUGCCCCAAGCGAAGCCUGUCACAAGGGAAAGCUGACUCCAAGCCUGCCUUCAAUGGAAAAGCUUGUGAAGAUGUGGCCUGGCCGAAAGGAACUGAGAAGUACCUCAAGUGGGGGAAAGUUGGAGGAAAAUCUGUUCAGAUGCUUUUGGACUCUGGAUGCAGUCGAACGAUGGUGAGUGCCAACAGUGUGGAUUCUUCCAAGAUCAGUAAGGCAGAAACGGUGGCUGUUUUGUGCGUGCAUGGAGAUACGGUAGAGUAUCCUACAGCAAUGGUAGAGAUCGCUUUAGGAGGCUAUACCAGGAAAGCAAACGUUGCUGUUGCCCCUAGCCUACCGGUACCAGUGCUCCUUGGAAGAGACCUCUACGAUAUCAGAAGUGGAUGGAAGUCUUCAGAUACCGGAUACAUGGUGGAGACUAGGUCUCAAAAGAAGAUACGAGAAUCGAAAUCGAUGGAUGAUCUGAUGGAUCUGGACGAACAAGCCGUAUUGUCAGAGCUAUUUGAUCAAUCGUUGGAGCUAGAAGUUCCAGAGGCAAACCUUGCCUCUGAAGAGCAUGAAAAUCUUAGGAGGGAGGACAUGGCAGAAAAUACCUCUACGUUAGAAGAGGAGAUGAAUACAGAACCAGUGUCCCCCUUAGAUGCUUCGAAAGAACAAAUUCAAGCAUGGCAGGAAAGCGACGCAACGCUAGUAAAAGUUUGUGAUUAUGCAAGUUUCCAACCCGAAGAUGGAACCGAAGGAGAGAAUGUUUUCUUCUAUAGGAAGGAUGGACUGCUGUAUCGUCACUGGCAACCGAGAAAACGAGGAAAAGACGGAGUGCAGGCAGUCGAGCAGUUGGUGCUACCGACUCAGUGCCGACAACUGGUAUUACGACUGGCGCAUGAUGUGCCUACAGCUGGCCAUCUAGGCGUCACUAAAACCCGAAACCGAGUACUCCAGAGAUACUAUUGGCCUGGUGUUUUCAAGGAGGUAACGGAGUAUUGUACUACCUGUGAAGUUUGUCAAAGAAGUCGUGGAAGGAGGCCAGCUCGUGCUCCUCUGGUCUCAAUGCCAUUGAUUCAGAAGCCUUUUUCAAGGAUAGCAAUGGAUAUUGUUGGGCCACUGCCAAGGACGCAACGAGGGAAUCGGUAUAUCCUUACUAUCUGUGACUAUGCCACUCGAUACCCAGAGGCAAUUCCAUUGCCAAGUGUGGAAGCUACACGUGUUGCACGAGAGCUACUUUUGCUCUUUACUCGAGUUGGAGUUCCUGAGGAGGUGCUGUCUGACCAAGGAACUAACUUUAUGUCUUCAUUGCUAGACGAGAUGUACCAGGCUCUGCAGAUCACCAGGAUCCGAACAACUCCAUACCACCCUCAAACCGACGGGCUGGUGGAGCGUUUUAACGCAACUUUGAAGUCAAUGCUUCGGAAGUUUACGAGCCGGAACCAGAAAGAUUGGGACGAGUACCUUCCAUAUCUGCUCUUUUCUUAUAGAGAAGUCCCACAGGAGAGCACUGGAUUCUCACCGUUUGAGCUGUUGUACGGGCAUAGAGUGCGAGGACCACUCGACGUAAUACGAGAGGGAUGGACAGAGGAGAGGUCACCAGAGUUCCCAGUAAUUGCUCAUGUGGUCCAGAUGCGAGAUCGCUUGGAAGAAAUGAUGGAGAUUGUGCAGGAGACUACAAGCAAAGCCCAGCAAAAGCAGAAGAGGUACUAUGACAAGGGUACCAAAAAACGAGAGCUGAAGGCCGGUGAUCAAGUCUUGGUUUUGCUACCCAAAGAUGAGAAUAAGCUCAAGUUGGAAUGGGUUGGUCCCUAUAAAGUACUUCGUGCUGUUACUCCAGUGGACUAUGAAGUAGCCACACCAGGGCGGAGGCAGAAGAAGAAGAUAUACCACAUCAACCUCUUGAAGCUGUGGAAGUGUCCAACGCAACCAGUCCCAAAUCUGAUGUCGAUAAUGGAGGAAGGGAACGAGUGUGACGAGGAAGAGUUGACCAACCUGAGUUUGUGGGAACCUGAAGAGACACUGUUCGAUGUGACCGAGAUCCAAACCCCUGGCUUAAAUCCAGAAGAGCGAAAGCAACUGUUGUCACUGGUGCAAGAGUUUGACGCAGUGUGUGGUCCAGCCCCGGGAAGGACAACGAUUGCAGAGCACGAGAUAUUUGUGGCGGACGAGACUCCAAUACAACAGAGACCCUACCGUGUACCUUACUCAAGGAGGGAGGUAGUGAAAGAAGAGAUCCACAAGAUGCUGGAAGCCGAUGUCAUUCGACCUUCUACCAGUCCAUGGGCUUCACCUAUUGUAAUGGUUGGCAAGAAAGACGGAUCUGUGCGGUUUUGUGUGGAUUAUAGAAAGCUUAACAAAGUGGCUCGCUUUGACGCUUAUCCUAUGCCACGCAUUGAGGAGCUACUUGACAACAUUGGACCUGCUAGAUACAUCACCACCAUGGACUUAGCGAAAGGUUAUUGGCAAAUACCCCUUGAGGAAUCUUCUAAAGAGAAGUCAGCUUUUACAACACCGUUUGGCCUGUACGAGUUUCAAGUGAUGCCUUUCGGGUUGCACAAUGCUCCAGCCACUUUCCAGAGGACAAUGAAUCGAGUGCUGGAAGGAUGCGAAGAAUUUGCAGGUUGCUAUAUCGAUGAUCUGGUUGUGUACAGCAAAUCCUGGGAAGAGCACCUACAACACUUGCAGGUGGUGUUAGAACGUCUGCAAGCUGCCAAGUUGACCCUGAAACCGAGAAAAUGUCAGUUUGGACGACGGGAAGUUCGUUAUUUGGGACAUGUGAUUGGUGGUGGCAAAGUUAGGCCCGAUCCACAGAAGCUGCAAGCAGUAGCAGAGUAUCCGCGUCCACAGACCAAGAAAGAUGUACGAGCUUUCCUUGGACUAGUAGGAUACUACCGGAAAUUCACCCCCAACUUUGCGGAUAUUGCAGUGCCGUUAACGGACCUCACUCGAAAGAAGAAACCAGAAAAGGUUAUCUGGACCGGUGAAUGUGAUCAGUCUUUCAUAGCUUUGAAGGAGACUCUGUUGAAGCAUCCUGUCUUAGAGGUAUUCGAUCCAAACAAACAGUUUCUGUUACAAACUGAUGCAUCAGAACGAGGCCUUGGGGCGGUUUUGAGUCAGCGAGAUUCGGAAGGACAAGAAAACCCAAUCGCAUUUGCAAGUCGGAAGUUGCAGCCGAGGGAAAGGAAUUACGCAACAAUAGAAAAGGAGUGCUUGGCGGUUGUGUGGGCUCUUAAGAUCUUCUAUACAUACCUUUAUGGUCGGAAAAUUGAAGUACAGACGGACCACCAACCUCUCGCCUGGUUACACAAGAUGCAGAACGCGAAUGCCCGAUUGACGCGUUGGGCGCUGGCUAUUCAGCCCUAUCAACUGGAAAUCACCCAUCGUCGAGGAGUUUCGAAUGGCAAUGCUGAUGGACUGUCACGAGCUGGCCCCCUUUUAGGAGGGAGGGAUGUGGCGUACUCCUAGUAGCCACUAACCACAAACACUCAAUCUGUGGUCAAGUUGAACUAUGUGCUGACUAGAAAUAUCUUAGUUGUUCUAGAGUAUUCUUACACUAAGCAAUUCUGGACUAUUCUAUGUAUUGUUCUGGUUUGUUCUAGAACUGUUUUUGUUUUGUAUUUAAAACAGUUCAGUUUUGUGUCUAAGUUGUGUUAUUCGUGCGUGUUCUUUAUUGUUCAAGACAGCUAUUAAAAGUCAA